AUGCGCUUAGGGUAUCUACGAAAACGGUUAGCCGUUCUGAAGCCGCCUUUCAAGGCUGGGUUGCGGACGCAACUGACAAUACUGGUAUGCAUCAUUGCUUUGAGUUCGCUGAUAAUUCUUGCGUGUACUACAGGCGUAUACUUCACAUCCAACUACCGUACUCUGCGCGCGGACCGCCUACAUGUGGCAGCUCGGCUGAUGUCGUCCCAAGUGGACCAGUCUCUGACUCUUCUUUAUUACCAAUGCAAUAUGCUGAGCACGAAAGACACCAUCCAGAACGCGCUAUCUGACUACCGUGCGGGCAACCGUAGCGCAGAGAACUGGAUAGAGGCGGAUAAGAUUCUUGGGGGCUUCUUGGAGCGCUCGAAGACGUUUUACAUUGCCUAUCUGUAUGAUGAGAUGUAUCAGGAGGUGCUAUCCCGUUGGAACAACGACACGGAGGGCUCGCUAGCCGAGGAAUCGCUAGUGCGACUGCGACCGUUGGAGAUGGACAAGUAUGAGUACAACGAAGCGCUUGAUGUGCAGGUGGAGACGCUCCCCUACAAUAAGACGCUCAACUUGAUGUCGAUGACGCUACCGGUAGAGGCGUCAACCAUCAUCGGACGUGGGAACGUCGUGGGAUUUCUGACAAUAGUGAUGUCGGCCGAUCCGAUCACAGCUGUGAAUGACACCAGCGUACUGGGCGAGUCGAUGGUUUCCAUCCUCACGGGAAUACCGAACGAUAAAGGCAAUCUGGUUAAGUACAGGUUUGUAUUCCCCCCAGGCGAAACAGAUCGAUCUGUCACAGAAACUGAAUACCCGAUAAAGAAUGCUUCCUUUCUGCGCGAUGCGUUUCUCAACCGCAGCGAUAACUACGUGACUAGCACUAGUUCGUUCUAUCACUUUGGUGCACUAGGCCAUGAUUUUAAAAAGGUUGCUGUGGGAUAUUCCGCGUGCAAGUUCCGACAGUUGGACUGGGUUGCUGUGGUAUCGCAGGAUGAGAGUGUAUUUUUGUCUCCUGCAUUUAAGCUUACAAAGAUCAUUAUUGGUACGGUGCUUGGAGUCGCUGUUUUUAUGUGCAUCGUGACGUUUAUACUUGCAAGCUGGGCGGUGAAACCAAUCGUGCGUCUUCAAAAGGCAACUGAAUUCAUCGCUGCUGGGAGAGGCUUACGGACGUAUAAUCAUAGCGGGAGGAGUUCCAGCCAGAAUACAUCUAUUGAUCGGUCGAAUUCCAGAGGGUCCGACCACUCGCUACCUCGUGAGCUGUUCGAAAAGAAGCAUCAUGUUUCGCCCUUUGUGACUGAAAACCAUGCGGCGAAUAGUGGUUCAUGCAGUUCUAUGAGUGAUCAUGAAAGAUAUCUACAUCACAUCGCGAGGUACCAUGAUGGAGAAACAUCGACCAAUAUUCUAAGCGACCAUGAGAAAGGGAGCACUUCGGCUACCAACUGGAUUGACACACGUGUACCUGUUUACCGGCGAUUGUUUACAGAUGAGCUAUCUGAGCUGACUGAUACCUUUAAUACAAUGACGGACGAACUCGAUAGACAGUAUGUUGUGCUAGAAGAUCGUGUGCGUGCCAGAACGAAGCAACUGGAAGCAGCUAAAAUCCAAGCAGAGGCUGCUAAUGAAGCGAAGACGGUUUUUAUCGCCAAUAUAUCUCACGAACUGAGAACACCUUUGAAUGGUAUUCUAGGUAUGACAGCCAUUGCCAUGGCUGAACAAGACCAAGAAAAGAUACAAAAUAGUCUAAAACUGAUCUUCAGAUCUGGUGAGCUGCUGCUUCACAUCUUGACAGAGUUAUUGACCUUUUCCAAGAAUGUUUUAAAGCGUACGAAGCUCGAGGAACGUCACUUUUCUAUUAUAGAUAUAGCAUUGCAAGUGAAAUCUAUCUUUGGAAAACUUGCCAAGGAUCAACACGUUAAGCUGUCGAUAUACCUAAUGCCGAAUGCGAUACGGACUAUGGUUUUAUGGGGUGAUUCAAAUCGAAUUAUUCAAAUUGUGAUGAAUUUAGUUUCAAACGCAUUGAAGUUUACGCCGGUCGACGGCAAGGUUGACGUGCGUAUUAAACUUGUGGGAGAAUAUGAUUCUGCUCGAAGCGAAGCCUGUAAUUUCAGUGAGGUGUACAUAUUGCCCGGAACCGAAGUGACAAAUUCCUCCGUUAACAACAUUCCAACGGUCGUUGAGGAGGAGGAGAAAGCAUGUGAGGAAGAACCAACUGCAGAUGAUACACCAGAACGGAAGAAAAAAGAUUCAGAAACGGUUGAUGAUGCCGAUGCCAUCUCGAUAUCUUCAUCGGUAGCAACAUCUUAUGAUGAUGCAGUGCUGCAUGCUCAACUAAAGAAGAUACCCACGUUUAUUGACCUUGAGGACAGCGACAAUAACGUCACGAUGUCAAAACUAGAAAAGCCACGAUCUUGGGUUAUUGUAAUUGAAGUACAGGACACCGGUCCUGGGAUUGAACCAUCGCUACAUGAGUCUGUUUUCAAGCCUUUUGUUCAGGGAGAUCAGACUCUUUCACGGCAGUAUGGCGGUACAGGUCUAGGCCUAUCUAUAUGUAGACAGUUGGCUACCAUGAUGAAGGGGACAAUGAAGCUAGAAUCAAAGGUUGGCUCGGGAAGCAAAUUUACGUUUACAGUUCCAUUACAGCAAACUGGUACGGUCAAGUUUAAUGACGGCGAUACUUUAUUCGAGGAUGAGUUCAAUAUUUUCAGCAAGAAGAAUAGGAAGGUUAAGUUUCAGCUGAAUCGAAGCGGCAAGUCUCGUAAAGGCAAGAUGAAUAACUCGAAUGGUGCUGGAAGCAUUGCUGAAAGCGCCAUCGAGUCAUUUGGGAAAAGUGAGAGCGAAGCUAGUUUUGGAAGCGUUCGUGUUGAUCGGCCGUUUUUGCAAAGCACUGGCACAGCAACAUCCACCAGGAGCGUCCCAACGCUCAGCAGCGCGGAAAGCAGUCUCAGAAUACUUGUCGCCGAGGACAACAACGUUAACCAAGAGGUUAUCAAGCGUAUGCUCCACCUUGAGGGUGCCCAUAAUAUAGACUUGGCUUGUGACGGCGAGGAUGCCUAUCAAAAGGUGUCGGCCCUUGUGGAACAGGGAGAACACUACGAUCUGAUCUUUAUGGAUGUUCAGAUGCCGCGUAUGGAUGGUUUGUUGACUACGAAGCUGCUGCGACAAAAACUCCAUUAUGAGUACCCUAUUGUCGCAUUGACAGCGUUCGCAGACGACAGUAACAUCAAAGAGUGUCUCGAAUCGGGCAUGAACAGCUUCCUAGCGAAGCCCAUCAAGCGCCCAAUGCUGAAAAAGAUCCUGCUGGAACACACGUCACAACUCAAGACAUAG